AUGGCCACAACACCUUCUAUGGAUGAAUACCGACAAAUACUCAAAUCACGAGAUGAACAUGUUCGAGAAUCAUGGAUAAAAGCAAUGGAAGCUAGAUUGGUCAGAGAAGAAUUACAAAAGUGCUACAGAGGAGAAGGUGUAAACCAUUUACAAAACUGUAAAGUGUUGGCGGAGAAAUAUGCUGGUAUGAUUAGGGAUAACAAGGUCAAGGGCUACAAGCAAAUCGAUACCGAGAUGCCUUAA